GCGGGCACCGCCGGGGUGGGCGACCUCUGCAGGCUCCCGACGGAGCGCAGCAGACUAGCGACCUAGGACUCGCUGCCAGGCACCAGCGAGCCCCUGGGACCUUCUCUGCCCUCGAGACAGCAGCGCAGAGCUGGUGCAUCCUCCGGGUCCCGGGCUCAGCUGACCGACGGCCGGUGUCCCGUGCGCCCGGCUCGGCGCGCCGGGUGCCAGGAGCCACUAGCACGAUGGUGGCACGCGUGGGCCUCCUGCUGCGCGCCCUGCCGCUACUGCUGUGGGGCGGCCUGGACGCCGAGCCGGCGGAGCAGGUCAGCCAGGAGCUGCGCGAGGAAGCAGAGGCAUUCCUGGAGAAGUACGGAUACCUUGAUGAACAAGUCUCCAAAGCUCCCACCUCCACUCAAUUCAGUAACGCCAUCAGAGAGUUCCAGUGGGUGUCUCAGCUACCCAUCAGUGGUGUACUAGACCGUGCCACCCUGCAUCAGAUGACCCGACCCCGCUGUGGGGUCUCAGACACCAACAGUCAUGCAACCUGGACAGAGCGGGUCCUGUUUGCUGGACGCCGGGCCAAAACAAGGCGCAAGAAACGCUUUGCAAAGCAAGGCCACAAGUGGUACAAGCAGCACCUCUCCUAUCGCCUGGUGAAUUGGCCGGAACGCCUGCCCGAGCCAGUAGUCCGGGGUGCCGUGCGCGCAGCCUUCCAGCUGUGGAGCAACGUCUCAGCCCUGGAGUUCUGGGAGGCCCCAGCCACAGCCCCUGCAGACAUCCGCCUCACUUUCUUCCAAGGAGACCACAACGAUGGACUGAGCAAUGCCUUCGAUGGUCCAGGGGGCGCCUUAGCGCACGCUUUUCUGCCCCGCCGCGGGGAGGCGCACUUCGACCUAGACGAGCGCUGGUCCUUGAGCCGCCGCCGUGGGCGCAACCUCUUCGUGGUCCUGGCGCAUGAGAUCGGCCACACGCUGGGCCUGGCUCACUCACCUGCGCCCCGCGCCCUCAUGGCACCCUACUACAAGAGGCUGGGCCGCGAUGCUCUGCUCAGCUGGGACGACGUGCUGGCCGUGCAGAACCUGUAUGGAAAGCCCCUGGGGGGCUCAGUGGGUACCCAGCUCCCAGGAAAGCUGUUCACUGACUUUGAGGCCUGGAGCCCGCACAACUCCCAAGUCAGGGGCCCUGAGACCCAGGGUCCUAAAUACUGCCAUUCUUCUUUCGACACCAUCACUGUAGACGGGCAACAGCGACUAUACAUCUUUCAAGGCAGCCACUUUUGGGAGGUGGCCCCUGAUGGCAAUGUCUCAGAGCCCCUCCUGCUGCAGGAGAGGUGGCCAGGGCUGCCCUCCAACAUUGAGGCUGCUGCAGUGACACUGGACGAUGGAGACUUCUACUUCUUCAAAGGGAGUCGAUGCUGGAGGUUCCGGGGUGCUAAGUCAGUAUGGGGCUCCUCCCUGCUGUGCCGGGUAGGGGGUCUGCCCCGCCACCCUGACGCAGCCCUCUUCUUCCCUCCUCUACACCGCCUGAUCCUCUUCAAGGGUGCCCGAUAUUAUGUACUGGCCCGCGGGGGGCUGCAAGUGGAGCCCUUCUACCCCCGCUUCCUGCGGGACUGGAACAAUGUUCCUGAGGAGGUCAGUGGCGCCCUGCCAAGGCCUGAUGGCUCCAUCAUCUUCUUUAGAGAUGACCACUACUGGCAACUUGACCAAGCCAAACUGCAAGUGAUCACCUCGGGCCGCUGGGCCACCGAGCUACCCUGGAUGGGCUGCUGGCUUGCCAACUCAGGAGGUGCCCUGUUCUGAAGACCUCCACCCCCUGAUGAACACUGAUGCUCUCAGGCCAAUUCACCUCUCCUGCCCCAGGGGCCGAGCCUAUCUCAGCUGCUUCUGAGCCUCGCUACAGAAGAGCAGGCAACAAAAUUGCCACCAGGAAGCUUGUCAGCGUCAGCACUUAUUCCCCCAGAGAAGGGGGCAUUGUCUCUGUGCUGUUCUCACCACAUGGAUGCGGGCAUGGAUCAAUCCAAGGAAAAGCAACAAAAGGUCCCGGAUCCUCAGCCGUUUCUCCCAAGAACCUCUUUCCUUCCUAGGCCUUGGGGAUUUUGUUUCUUCUGCCAAGAAUGCAGUUCUGUCGGUGAGUUGAUGGCACUGAAGUUCCACCAGGGAGAAUGCAAAGCCCAAUGAAAAGUUUAGAAACUAUUUUGCAAGACGGUCCCCUUCUCUUAGGGCCUCUUGGCUCAUUUCUUAGAAAACUGUGUUCUAUAUAAUCAGAGCCCUCACCCCCAAGAAGUUUAUUUAGGGUGAAGACAUAAGUUGUCUCUAGCAUCAGAGACCCUGUAGGGUACCAGGAUGCAGAGCAGAAGGGGACCGCUGCGGACCUCUUAGGAUCUGGCUUUUUGUCUGAGAAAGAAUGAAGAGGCGCCCCCAGCUGGUGGGCCCGGAAGCAGCAAGCAGCCUUUUUGUGCCAGUUCUCCAUCCUUCCUGGUGACAGCAGGUGGGCAUGGACGUGGGAGAGGCAGGGAUCACGCUCUUUCAUCCAAGCCUGGGCUAGCCAGCUGUGUGCUGUGAUGGGAGAGGAGGCCUGCCUCUCCCUAAAAAGCAAGACAUCCUCAUCCCCUCCAUUCCCUCUCCCAUGCUAGGUGGAGAGAGUACUGUGCAGCAGGGAGAGGUCAGAAGCCCCCUUGGGGGUCUGUACUGCUGCAGCAGCCUCCACAGGCCUAGCAGGUUGGGGAGAUGCCUGGUGCUUACAAUAGCCCCAUUCUGCAGACCACACACGCAGCAUUCCCGAAACUCCUGCUGUCUGGCCAAGAAUAGCUGGGAUUCCUGGAGAAGGAAUCAGCUCCCCAGCCUCCGUGUCUUGUGCCUCAGCUCUCCCUGCCCUCCCCCAACAUACACCUGCCAGUGCCUCCUAGGCACUAAGCUGGCUGCUUCCAGCGAGGGGAAUUCAGUCUGGCAGGGUUCUCGGUCCCCCAGGGACGUUGCUGGCCUGGCGUUGCCUGGCCUUCUCCAUCCUCUCUUAGAGCAAGUGCUUUGUGCUGCCCUGUCCUGAGGAGGCGAGGGAAGAGGGGGCCCCCCCCGCCCUUUUCUCUUUGGUUUGCGCCCAGAGGGAGAGGGAGAUCCAGUCUCUGUCACUCCCACCUGGAGCCGCCUUCCCCUCAUCUCAAGGCAGUGACACUUUGAUGAGAGGUUUUAUUGAAUGCCCUGAGGGGAGAGGGCAGCAGCUUAGUGGCACCAGGGAACCCCGAGGUUACUUCCCUGAAGCGAUGUCUGCCCAUCUUCGAGAUAUGCGUAAGGCUGCGUCAGAAACCAGGGUCGAAUGGGCUGCAGGCUGGGUGCUGCCAGUGUCGCACGUGCCCAGUUAUUCCAGGCUCUGUAUGGCUGAAGCCUGGCAGAUGACAGGUGGGAAACCUGCAUCAACAAUGGCUUCUCGCCUGAUGAGGGCGCUUGGGCUAAUGGCUAGGAGAGGGGACAGUUCUGUGCCACGUGCCGGAGAGGGCUCCGCCUCAGGGAAGUUGGGGGUCAGGCAAGCAAGGAAGACACCAAGGCUGGGAGUCAGUGCGCUCAGAACCCCCAGUGGCCUCCGCCCUACCCAGAUCCGGGUGCUCCAGAACACAGUGUGCCACGUAGGCCGGGUGGCUAUGCAGGGUGCUGCAUUUCUUGCAAAAGAGGAUCUCGCAGCGCGUACAGCCCCCGCGCUUCGGCCGCAGACGCGGCGUCUCCAGCACGCACCGCUCCUCGGGGAGGCUGCGGUUCCUAUGGGCAGGGACCCGCGCGCUCAGUGCCACAGCAACCCUCGUUCUGGGGCUCGGCACCCGGUACCCCGGCGCCCUGAGCUUGCCUCACCUGUCGGCGGGGGCCAUCAGGCUGCUGAACAGAGCGAAGGGGCUGAAGCAGCCCCAGAAGCCGGAGUCCGCGCGCCGCAGCAGCGCCACCUCCUGGGUGCUCGACUCCUGGCGCAACGGGCUGUAGGACACCGAGCCCCGCUCGCGGCGAUCGUCCUGGUCUGCUGCGCCGAGCGCAACUGCGUCCCCGGCCGCGCUCUCCACAGUCCCGGGCUCUUCGUCCUCCUCCGAGUCUUCCACUCGCUCCUGCGGCGUCUCCCGGUCCCACGAUUCCUCCAAUUCCUUCUUCCACAAGGGAGUCUUCGCGUCUGCGGGUAGGGAGGGCCUCAGUGAACUCUCCAGGGACCUGGGGACCCUGCCUGCUGCUAGUGCCUGCGGGACCACGAUGUGUGCGAGACGCCCCAGGCCAGCUAAGGCUCCGCCAGAGGGCGCAGAGCAUGCACGGUUCCCGGGUGCCCCGUUUCCCAGACUGUUGUAUUUCCUAGUGAAGGAUUUGCACAAGUGUCCUCGCUUUAAAUCAAGUUCUGUUUCCUCAUCUGUACAGUGAGAAAAAGUAGUUCCUACCUCCGGUGUCAAGCGCCCAGAUCAGUCCCCUACCUCCCACUUCAACCUCCUGGCUUGGCGUGGGGCAGGCAAUCAGUGCCAGUCCCGAUGGGACUGGACAUGCCUGAUCUCUAGAUAGGUUAUUAAUAAAUAUUCAUUUUAAUAGUG